GUCUCAUCACUCAUCACAGCAGUAUAACCUCAAACUUUUACGAUAUCGAACAAGUAAUACUGAAGCAGUGUGAAGAUAUGUUGAACACGACCAGCAGCACUAGUUUGGAAACAAAGCCGUCGUUGCUGCCGGAGCUGCGCAGCUUCGACAAGAGCGGCUUCUUCGACCUCGGCCACCCUCUCCUCAACCGCAUCGCCGAGAGCUUCGUCAAGGCCGCUGGGAUCGGAGCUAUUCAGGCUGUGUCGCGUGAGGCUUAUUUCAUAGCCAUUGAAGGAUUCGAUUCAAGUACAAAUGGCAUUCCGCCCGAAAUCUCAGUUCCAGGAAACAAAAGGCAACGCUUCCCUGACCUCAGAGGUGAAAACAACAGAAAAUCUCUUGAAGCUAUGGUGAAGAAUACAGGAAAGGAAUCAUUACAAUGGGGGCUGGCUGCGGGGGUGUAUUCGGGUCUUACAUAUGGCCUGGCAGAGGCUCGUGGAGCUCACGAUUGGAAAAACAGUGCAGUUGCGGGAGCGAUUACAGGCGUUGCCCUGGCACUCACAUCGGAGGGUUCGUCCCAUGAGCAGAUAGUGCAAGGCGCCAUCACCGGAGCUGCCAUAUCCACCGCUGCAAAUCUUCUUUCUGGGAUAUUUUAAGCUGCUGGUUGGGAUCAUAUUCAUAUGUAGUCCCACAGAAAGCCUUCUUUUUGAUAAUGCAGAGAUGUGACUUUGCCCCAUAUCUCUCUUGUUUUAAGGAACUUGUGGUUAGGUUUUUGCUUUCACCAUCUAUAAUGUUGCCCCUUGUUCUUUCUGGAUGCUUAAACUUCACUGGUUUAGUAUCGAGAUUUCCGGAUGUUUUAGAUGGUUGGUUAUUGAAGGUUCAUUUUGGUUAUCGGCAUCGGCAAGUUUUUAGAUGUUGCGACUCCAAUAUACUAAUGUCAUGCAAGUCAUUAUUCGUCAUUA